AUGUGCCGGGGGGACACACCGCUCGGGGGCACACCGCGGACGUCGGCCAAGAAGGAGCUCGUGACGUCGCCGUCGCCGCACGGGAAGAAGACGGUGUUCACGUUUGACACGCCGGUGAGCGACCGCAUCAAGCUCGUGAGCAAACUGCCGUCGUGGUGCUCGGAGGUCAACUCGCUCAUCAUGAAGUUCCACGGCGGCCGGAUCCGCGAAGCGUCGGCCAAGAACUUUAUGCUGGUGCUUGACGACGACGACGACAAGCCGAUUUUUCAGUUUGGCAAAUACUCCAAGUCGAAAUUCUCGCUCGACUUUCGGUUCCCGCUGGCACCGAUCCAAGCGUUUGCGAUCGGCCUGACGUCGUGCUCGUGGAGUGCCAAAUCGAAACUCAACAAUUGAGUUUGCAGCGUAAUCGUCGCUCGAUACCCGAUUAAACCUUAUUUUUCCUA